AUAACGUCUCGGACAAAGAUGCAGCCAAACGUGCUGUCCGUGCUCUGCCGAUAAGUUUAACAGUUACCUGAAGAAAGAGGACAAGAAGCGGCACACAGGUAGUUGUUAGCGGACACUCUGCACUGUUGCGCACACGGUAACCAGCGCGCACCGCACAAUGCUGUUAUCGUCCGGCACCCUGUUACUGCUGCUGGCGGCUCUCUACUCCACUGUGGACCUGACGGGGGCUGAGGGCUGCGGGGCUUCAUGUGGAAAAUGUGACUGCAGUGGUGUGAAAGGAGCAAAGGGUGAGCGUGGAUUCAAUGGUCUUCAGGGUAAUAUGGGAUUUCCAGGGAUGCAUGGACCUGAAGGUCCUCCUGGACAAAUGGGCACAACGGGCACUUUUGGUGAAUCUGGAGCUCCCGGGCUGAAAGGAGUGAGGGGUCCUCCUGGUCUGCCAGGUUUCCCAGGAAACCCCGGACUACCGGGCAUUAACGGAAAUGACGGUGGACCCGGUUCGCAAGGUAUCCCAGGAUGCAAUGGGACCAAAGGAGAUAGAGGACUGGAUGGCACCUCUGGUUUUCCCGGUCUUCAAGGACCUCCCGGCAUCUCAGGAAUUCCUGGAAUGAAGGGUGACCCUGGUGGUGUGAUCGGGAUUAUUCCCUUGAGAGGAGACAAAGGAUUUGCUGGCACACCUGGACUACCUGGAACAAGUGGAUUUCCUGGACCAGUUGGACCUCCCGGACGAACAGGCUUUCAUGGACCCAAAGGAGAUUCUGGCCCCCCUGGCCCUCCUGGAGAGAAGGGUGACAAGCUGGCCUUUGUGAGUGAGAAAGGAGAGAAGGGUGAUCCAGGAUUUCGUGGCCCCCCCGGCCCUCCUGGGACAACACUGGGAGUGGAAGGAGGACGUCCCACAGUGCAUGUACCUGGACCACAGGGUGAAAGAGGACUUAAGGGAGACCAAGGAGACAAAGGCUUUUGCGUCCCUCAUCUAUAUGGUAUCAAAGGUGAAGUUGGCCCUCCUGGAUCAAGAGGAAAAUUUGGCAAGGAUGGGGAUGAUGGGUCGAAGGGAGAAAAAGGCUUUCCUGGAACUGCUGGAUUCACUGGUUCCCAGGGUGAAAAGGGAGAAAAAGGACCGCCAGGAUAUGGUAAUGGUGCCCCUGGUCCUCCCGGCCCAAGUGGUAACCCAGGGUUCCAAGGAGUAAAAGGUUUUCCUGGUCCUCAGGGAGAGGCAGGUCCUGCAGGCCGGCACAUUGAGGGGCCUCGCGGAGAGACGGGACAGAAAGGACACUUUGGAGAGAAAGGAGACAGGGGACUGGAUGGAGAGUCUCUCGUUGGACCUCCGGGACAACCGGGAAACCCUGGACUCCCUGGACCAGCUGGACCACCACUUGACCCUAAUGAAUGCAACAAUGAGAAAGGAGCUCCUGGCCCAGCUGGAUCUCCAGGCUUACAAGGAGAAUUAGGACAGAAAGGUGACAUAGGAGAUACCUGUGUUCAAUGUGAAGGUUCCGGCCCACCUGGAUUACCUGGUCCACACGGCCCUAAAGGAGAUGGGGGGCCUCCAGGGCCAGUAGGAGGGAAGGGACAAAAGGGUACUUCUGGCUCUUCUGGACAAACUGGAAAUCCUGGUUCUCAAGGUUCUCCCGGGUUGAUUGGAGCCACUGGUGCUGUUGGCAAGCCAGGGGACGUUAUUGGAGUUGAUGGUUUGAAAGGAGAGAAAGGUCUGCCUGGUCUUUCUGGUACUCCAGGGAGGCCCGGCCUGGAUGGACAGCCGGGGAGAGAUGGUUUCCCUGGUAUACAAGGCCACAAAGGAGAAUCGGCCAGGGAGGGCAUAAAGGGUGACCGUGGACAAGAUGGGAACACUGGUCAGAUCGGGCCUCCAGGAGAGAGGGGUCCACCGGGCCAGCCUGGCUUCGGUCGAACUGGAGAGCCUGGAGAGAAAGGUGGUCAUGGAAGGCACGGAACUCCUGGAACUCCUGGACAACCUGGUGUUAAAGGUGAGCCAGGUCAAGGUGAGAGCACGGCUGGACCUCAGGGAGUACCUGGAGCACACGGCGAAACUGGCAUUCCUGGACUUCAAGGUGACAGAGGCCUUCAGGGAGAUCGAGGGUUGCCCGGUUUCCCAGGACAGAAGGGUGAAUAUGGACCCCAGGGUAUUGGAUUACCUGGUCCAACUGGUCCUAAAGGAAUCAAUGGAUUACCAGGAGCUCCAGGAUUAUCAGGAGAGACAGGAAGAGGUGGACAGGAUGGCUUGACUGGACAAAGUGGUACACCUGGACCAAAAGGUGAGCCAGGGCGAGGUCUUCCAGGCCCAAAAGGUUCGCAAGGCCAACCAGGAAUUACUGGCUUCCCGGGAGAUAAGGGUGGCUUUGGACGACCUGGUAUUCCUGGACUAGAAGGCCAGACUGGACCUACGGGAGAUCAGGGAAUCCAAGGUGAUGUGGGAGUCCCAGGACCUCCUGGACUGGUCGGCGUGCCAGGUUCUCCAGGUAAAGGUUCACCCGGAGCCCCCGGACCACCAGGACCAGCUGGAGAGUCCGGACCACAUGGUAGAGGAGGUGUAAAGGGAGACAAGGGCUACCCCGGUUCUCCUGGUCUGGACAUGCCGGGGCCUCAGGGAGCGAAGGGACAAUCCGGGUUCCCAGGAACGUCAGGAUAUAAAGGACUGCCCGGACGAGCAGGUCUACCUGGCAGGGAAGGACUCAUUGGAACACAAGGUAUUAAAGGUGAAAUGGGUGUCAUAGGGACACCGGGAAUACCAGGAUUUCCUGGACCACCUGGUACGUCUGGAUCUCAUGGACUGAUAGGUGAUCCAGGUAUUACUGGGCCAAGAGGUGGUAUUGGAGACUCAGGACUCAAAGGAGAGAGGGGAGAUCGAGGUCUGCAGGGUCCUCCUGGAAACAUGAGUGAAGUGGACAUGGAGCACAUGAAGGGGGAGAAGGGAGACCUUGGAAACAGAGGUGACUCGGGGGGCACUGGAGAGAAAGGCCACCGAGGACUUCCUGGUAACCCUGGAAUGUCAGGCAAAAAUGGAGAGUCUGGAUCACCUGGCCAACCAGGUGAGAAAGGAGACUCUGGUUUUCCUGGAGAGCCGGGCAAUUUCGGACAACCUGGACAGAAAGGCACUGUAGGAGAGAUGGGAAUCCCCGGUCUGUCUGGUCCACAGGGUAGUAAAGGAGAUUCUGGUACAACAGGACAUACCGGAUUCAGAGGCACAGAUGGACAGAAAGGUGACAAGGGAACAGGUGGUGACCCAGGUAUUGGGCUCCCAGGAACUCCAGGAGAAAAGGGUCAGACAGGCCAGCCCGGAUUCCCAGGAACUGCAGGAGAGAGGGGUCUGAAGGGUCACGAGGGGAUGUCCGGCAAUGCAGGACUGCAAGGAACCAAGGGAGACAAGGGAAGCGUCGGGUAUUCAGGUCAGUCAGGUAGACCAGGUGAGAAGGGAACUCCUGGGCUCUCGGGGUCUGCAGGAGAAACUGGUCCUGAUGGUCGCCCUGGGGAAGGCGGCUUGCAGGGACCUCCUGGUGUUCCUGGAGUGAAGGGAGAUCCUGGAAUAGAUGGCAUCCCAGGAUCCUCAGGGGAAAGAGGAGACCCAGGUUUAUCUGGCCAAGGUUUCUCUGGAUCUCCUGGAGUGCUUGGUGGCAAAGGUGACAAAGGCAGUCCUGGUUUCCCUGGCACUCCAGGUCAUCCUGGCGUCUCUGGUAUCAAAGGAGACAAGGGACUUUCAGGCUCACACGGACCCCAGGGCGAGGCAGGCGAGAGGGGGUACCCAGGUAACUCCCUCGAGGGCCCUAAGGGAGAGUCGGGAGCAUCAGGACAAACCGGAGUAACAGGAUCUCCAGGAGUACCAGGGACCUCUGGUGUGCCAGGCAGAGGGGGCCCUAAGGGAGACAAAGGAGGCCAGGGUCAGCCUGGUUUCCAGGGAGAGUCGGGACAUAAGGGUGAUGCUGGAACUCCUGGACUCCCUGGACAAGAUGGCCUUCCAGGUCUUUUUGGACAGAAGGGAGAGAGUGGAUUGUCGGGAGUCCCUGGCUUCCCAGGUACAAGGGGUCAAGGGGGUGACAUUGGAUUCAAAGGAGAACUUGGAGACAAUGGAUUCCAAGGAGAGAAGGGCAUUGAUGGCCCCCCAGGUCCCCCUGGCCCUCACACCUACAUCAAAGGAGACAUUGGGUUUCCAGGUACUCAGGGCAUACCGGGUCCCCAGGGGCCAUAUGGGCUCCCUGGACAAAAAGGACAUCAAGGUGUGACAGGUGUUCAAGGGCCAAAAGGUGAAGAUGGCAUUCCUGGAUAUAAUGGUCAGGCUGGAUCCAAGGGAAACUCUGGUCUUCCAGGGCCACAGGGACCCAGAGGACACCCUGGCCCCCCAGGACCUGAUGGUGUUCCAGGUCAAAUUGGUCACACCGGGCCCUCAUCCAUGGAUCACGGGUUCCUGGUAACCCGCCACAGCCAAACGGUGGAGGUUCCAACCUGUCCUGAGGGAACCCGGCUCAUAUAUGACGGCUAUUCCUUGCUCUACGUACAAGGCAACGAACGCUCACAUGGACAGGACUUGGGUACGGCCGGCAGCUGUCUGAGGAAGUUCAGCCCCAUGCCCUUCCUGUUCUGCAACAUCAACAAUGUGUGCAACUUCGCCUCGCGUAACGAUUACUCCUACUGGCUCACCUCCCCUGAGCCAAUGCCCAUGAACAUGGCACCUAUCACCGGUCAAGGCAUCAAACCCUUCAUCAGCAGAUGUUCUGUGUGUGAAGCUCCAGCCAUGGUGAUAGCGGUUCACAGUCAGACCAUCAUGAUCCCAUCAUGCCCCCAUGGCUGGGACUCUCUAUGGAUUGGAUACUCUUUCGUCAUGCACACCAGUGCCGGUGCAGAGGGCUCCGGCCAGGCUCUGGCGUCUCCUGGUUCCUGUAUGGAGGAGUUCCGCAGUGCUCCCUUCAUCGAGUGUCACGGUCGUGGAACCUGCAACUACUAUGCUAACUCCUACAGCUUUUGGCUUGCCACCAUUGAAGACGAGGAUAUGUUUACGAAACCUGUCCCAACAACGCUAAAAGCCGGAAGUCUCCGAACACACAUAAGCCGCUGUCAGGUGUGCAUGAAGAGGACAUAUACAUAAAGAUUCCUCCUUCCUAACCUGCAAGGAAUCCUGUGGGCGCUGACGUCUUUGACUUGGCUUAACUUGCGGUUUUCAUAUGAUGGUGCUAUUUCCCUGCAUGUGACAGGAGAGGGACAGAGGUUUGCUAAAACAGCCGGAGAUUGAAACAUUAACAACCAGAACACGGAGACCAAGCAGCCUUCAGAUUGAUGCACAACAACAUGAUAACAUUAUGUCUCUAAUGAAUUGCACUAAGUUUACCACUGCACUGAGUACAUGCCCCCUAAACUGGUAAGCUGGUGUUCAUUUUGUGUGAGUCAGGUGCUAUUCAAUCUUACUUAUCUGCCUUAUUCCAUUGUUUUAUCUUUUUCCUGCCAAUGCCACAGCAUUCAAAGAUAUAGCCACAUUGUAUUCUAGAUUUUAACUUUUUUUACACAUACUAAUGUAAAGGGUGGGACUUACCACUGGUUACAUACGCUUGUCAUUUGCUUAAUCACCAUUAUGUUGCAGACACAGAUAUAUAACAAUCACUCUGUUGUAAAUAUAAUGCAUUCCUCUAACAUAGUUCAACAUACUCUCCUCAGGUCAUUAUUGAAAUACUUUGUGUGUUAUUAAGUCCAUUUUUAUUUAUAAGAUUUAUGAGAAUAUGUUGGACUUGAGUGUAUCUAAGAUUCCAUUGAUCCCCAAAACAUCUGACAAUCAGCGCCUUAUUAUCAUCCAAAACAGCACUGAAAGAGCAUUUGUGUGCCUGUGUGUGUGUGUGUGUGUGUGUACGUGUGUAUGUGUGUGUGCGUGUGUGUGUGCGUGAGUGCGUGUGUGUACAUAUGAGAGGAUUUGGAAGUGGUGAAAUAGACCAAACAAAAAUCACCUUUGCGUAUAACAGCUAUGUGUUAAAGGAUUUUCACUUCUCACAUCACAUGAACCAAAUGUACUAAUCCCAAAGAAAUGCACAUGUAUAUAUACUUAGGUAUAACAUGAACUUGACUGUUCCUGUUUGUGAAUUACUUUUUUAUCCCUCUGACAUAAUGCAAAAAAUAUAGUGAAGGGUCACAUAUUUGUUUAUUCCUAAUAUACAUUUUCGGAGAUAACCUCAGACAAAGUCUUGGUGUCCCUUUCACAGAUAUUUAAAGAUUUAAGCUCUUUCUACUGUUGAAGUUACAGCAGUUACUCUCACUGACCGUAACCUGUUUUUGUUUGUUUUGUGUGUGUGGUUGUGAUGAAAUGCUCCAUGAAGUAUAUACAGCAUCAGUUAACAAACUUGAUUACUGUCAGAAUAAUCUAUCUAAUAAACAAACCGAACCGAACAUACUUCCUCAACACUUUAUAUUCUCCAGAUCCCAUACUGUGUAAUUCCAGCAAUAAAGUGAUGUGUAGAAUUUC